UGGGCAGGAAGAGCCUAACAAUGCGUUUUCUCUGUCACAGGCAUAGGUCACAUGUACUUGUGUGCAAGAAACAGUAGACCAUGUCAUUACCCGAUCUGCGUGCCUACAUGCCAUUUCGUUCUUCUCGUCGCUGAGUAGUGACGUCCUCGCUCUGACGCGGUGGAUGUGUUGUCAUAGAUACGGAGCGGCGCCUGCAUUUCAAACUGCCUUUACAAAAAGAGAGGUUUAGGAAAAUGGAAAACACACGUUUGUAGAGAACCUGAUUGUUUGGAAAGUGUCUGACUAAGAUGUCUGCAGUUUGGCUGCAUGUCGGUCAGUGUGGAAAUCAAAUAGGACAAGAAUGGUGGAGAUUGAUUGCAGAUAGGGCUGGACCAAACUGCCCAAGUGACAGGCAUCCAUUUGUCAGCAGUGAUGGAAAACUGGCUGCAAUUUGUGUAGACAGUGAGCCCAAAGUUGUGAGAAAAGGACAAACGCAAGUAAAGAAUGGAUGCUUUCGAGAUUCAAAUCUUAUUUUUGAAAAAGAAGGGUGUGGAAGUAACUGGGCUUAUGGUUACCAUGGGCCACCUAGCCAGAAAGAAAGUGGACUGCGCCAAAGAGCGAUGGAAAGUCUUCGCAAGGAAAUUGAGAGAAGGGACUGCUAUUCAGGGACAGUACUCUUCCAUAGUCUCAGUGGUGGUACUGGUGCUGGACUUGGUGCUCGCUUGUGUGAAGAUAUCCGUGAUGAGUACCCAGUGGGUUAUAUUCUUACAGUGUCUGUGGCCCCUCACAAGGCAGGAGAGAGCCCCUUACAGCACUACAACAACUUACUGUGUCUAUCUGCCUUGCAGAGGAGUGCAGAUGGUGUCCUUUUGGUCUGCAAUGACCAAGUGAUGAAUCAGGUGCUUUCUCCACUGAAUCGAGGAGGAGCCAUUUCCACUAGUCAUCAGCCACAGGCUUCCAUGUCAGUAAUGAAUACACAUAUAACUUCCUGUCUGGCUGGCCUGCUAUAUCCUGUUAGAAGCCUGAGGACUGGCAGUGGAAUCAGCCUUGGUUUGGAACCCUGGGAGCUUAUAAGAUCUGUAUGUCCAGUCCCUGCUGCCAAAUUCUUGCAGAGUAGCCAAGCCUCUACUAGAGGUGUUAUUCCAUGGGAAAGUCUUGCAUCCUCAACUCUGAAAGCUGUACCACGUCAUUCUUCAUCUGGAACAUCUUAUUGCAGCACAGCAGUUCUUGCCGUUGCACGAGGGGACCAGAGUGGCUCUUUCCAGCAUAACCUAAAUCAUGUUCUACAAAAGUUAAAACAGGGUCAUCGCUGCCCUAGCUGGAACCCUUUCCCUAUUGACUACUGGACAGAUCCACAAGAUGUUGUCAAUGCUAGUCCAUCCUCCCACUCGCUCACCGUGUGCUCUAAUCACAGCAGCGUGGUAGACUUUCUUCAACAAGUGAAUGAACGCGCUCAAGAGAUGUUUAAAGCAGGGGCUUAUCUACACUGGUACAGGCGGUACAGCUGCGAAGAUCUGGAAUUUCUCCAAGCUUUUGAAACUGUAGAUGGUAUUAUAGCUGAAUAUGUCAAGCAAGGGUAAUGGAUUACAAAUAAUCUUUUCUCAACUCGUGUUUUUUGCACUGUUAACAGACCCUACAGUGCCAUUUCAGCAGCAAGGCAGGAACCAGCAGCUCUGAAAUAGUCCAGGAUGAGUAAAUGUGUGCCAGGAAGUAAUGGUACCUUAUCCAGAGUUGCUUCCCACUUUGGGCUCAUGGUUACUGAGAUAGGUACUGUCUCCUCAGAGUCCUGAACUAGAUAGUUUUUUUAGAAAAUUGUUAUUGGAAAACUUCAAGCAAAAGUUUAUCAGAGUUCUAAUCUAGAAAAUCCAUUUCAUUGGUUUAAAGGGAAAAUUGGCUUGCCCGUUAUUAUCAAUACUUGGCCAUUUUUCAAAAGAUAUGUUUUUACUUUCUACAAGAGUCAAUUAAUUACCUUCCAACUGCCAUGUUGUGGUAAUUUGGCAAGAGGUCUAUCAAUAAAAUAUGAACAAUUGGCAAGCCUUGAGUAAAGAGCCUUCUUUAGAAACCUGUAACAUUUUCUUUAUUAGUAAAAUGGAAAGAGAAUAUACUCCUCUUUAACAUUUAAAUUAGAUAUAAUUGGAUGCAAAAAAGAUAAUUCUUGUUAAGCAACAUACAGUAUAUAAUUCUCUGUAGGAUAUGGCAUUAACUGUUGCUCACUUCAUUUGCCUCCAGCAGGAAGUAUUUUCUUGUUUUUGUAGAUGGUUUUAUCUUAAGUAGAGAGGGAUUAUUUUAUUUGUUUUGGUUUACUUCCAUUCAGUACAUUUUUCAGGAGUUUUACAAAAUAUUUUAUAGUCUACAGAUGGCAAGGUGAUAUAAAUGAGUAGCAGUAGUGUGUUACAGAACUUAAGACAUUGGUGCCUUCUGUCAGUUUACAUGGGUGGUCUCCUAGAGUCGGAAGACUUUCUCUUAGGCUGGCUUCUGCCUUGCACCCAUGGCUGCCCACACAGGCUUUCAUAUAACCCUCUUUUUAGAAUGUGGAAGGACUUAAAAGUUAGUUCUCUACAAAGGUAGAAAAUCAGAGAUGGACUUUCAGUAAAACUGAGCUAUAAAUUUUGGCUGUUUUACUAAAGUUAAUUUCUUUUCAAAAUUGACUAUGUAUAAAAUUUUUAAUAAUAUAUCUUAAUGGUCUUAUUGCAGAUGGAUAGAUCUCUUUAUUAUAUAUCAAAACAUUUUAACUCCAAGUAUUCUUAAUUUUGUAUUAGAAACAAAAACACAAUACUUUGUAGAGGUUUAUUUUUUUAAUAAAGCUGAGAAAAUUUACAAGUAACUGUUUCUCAUUCCGUGUUCUGCUUGCUCAGUAAUUUUCUUGGUUAUGUUUUUCUGGGAUUGACAACCUCAAUGGGACAGAGAGCAGUCAGAGUCUCUUGAAGAGUUUUGAGUUUUGUCACAAAGAAAAGCUUGAAUUUCUCUGUCCUUGCUGCCCUGAACUCUGUUUUCAAGUAGAGAGGACCAUCAGAAGGCUGGAUCAAAGAUAAGAACCUAUGAUAAAAUAAGGGAAAAGACAGAAAAUACGUCAUUUUAAAAAAGUAUCCUGUUGACAGCCAUUGGCACCUGCAUACACCAGUAGUCUAUUUAGGUGAGUCUUAAUUCAAUUUGACUUUAUUCAUUGGACUGAUUUUGCAAAUUCCUUCUAGCUAAAUUUCUGUAGCUAUUUUAGGUUAAUUAGAGGACUUGGGGGACUUUAAGGACACCAAUUUUGAGGCAUUACCACAGAUUCUGCUGGGACUCUGACUUGAUGUGCACACAAGUACUAUUUGUGCUAGUCGUAUAACAUACCAAUCAGACCAAAAUCUUUCAUUUUGACGACUAAGUACUACAAGCUGCACUUUACUCCAUUUUAAUAUUAUUCUGAAGGUUUUUAAUAAAAUUAAUUUUUAUCAGUCUUUUGAAGACAUCACAGUUCCAUUUUGUUGUUGAUCUGAAAAUGUGAAACUGCUGGAAAGUAAACACAGAAUUGUAUCAUUUUUAUAUACCCUACGAUUCUAGUCAUAAGAUAAGCAACUGCCAUUGUCAAGUCCUGGAGAAUAAAACUGUCAUUUCUGAA